AUGGAUUCAUCUAAAGAGCCCAAGCCCUACAAAGACCAGCAACGAAUCCCCCAAAAGAACAGGAGAACAUUGCAUUCUGCAUCUCUAACCAAUGUCGAUUCCAGUGGCAAUCCCGAUGACACAUGCAAGCGAUAUACCCAGCUUUUGCAUGAGUACAAUGAUAUUAAGGAUGUGGGUCAGGGAUUGAUGGGGCUUCUAGCGGAAGCGAGGGGGAUGAGGCAGGUUGAGGUGGAGAAGGAGUUUGGGGUUUCCGAAGAAGAUUGA